UUGAGAUCAUGCGGGUGAACGCUACAGAUGCAGACGAACCAAACAAUGACAACUCUGACGUUAUGUAUGAAAUCAUCAACCAAGUUCCUCCUUAUGAAGGCUUGUUCUUUAUCAAUCCCGUAAACGGAGGACUCCAGGUCCACAAGGCUGGAAUACUGGACCGAGAGACCAACAACCUCUACAAGCUCACCAUCCAGGCUGCAGACUAUAAAGGCGAGGGUCGAGCUUCUAGCUGCACUGUUCUUGUCACCAUCACAGACAGCAAUGACAAUGCACCACAGUUUAAACCGGCCGAGUACAAUGCGAGAGUGCCAGAGAACACUGCUGAUGUGGAGGUGGUGAGGGUGAUGGCGACGGAUGCUGAUGAACCUAAUACACCCAACUGGAACACCAAGUACUCCAUUCUUAGUGGCAAUGACGGCAACUUCUUCAGCAUCAGCACCGGCACCAGUAAAGAACAGGGCAUCAUCAAAACAGUCAAGGGUCUUGACUUUGAGCAGAACCGGAAAUAUACUCUAGUUAUUUCCGUGGAAAAUGAGGCUCCUUUUGUGGCUCCCUUGCCCACAGCCACCGCUACCGUCAUAAUCCACGUGGAUGACCUGAAUGAAGCACCCAUAUUUGAACCUGUGCAGAAACGGGUUAAGAAACCCGAGGACCUGUCAGUAGGCAGUGAGAUAGUGUACUACACAGCGACGGAUCCAGAUGUGGAAAUGAAGCAAACCAUUUCGUACCGAGUGGGGGAGGAUCCGGGUGGAUGGCUAGCCAUAGACCCCUCAAAUGGCCGCAUCACGGUGAAGAGCCCCUUGGACAGAGAGUCAGACUUUAUGAAAAACAAGCAAUAUAGAGCCACUAUUUACGCCAUUGACCAAGCGGAAGACAGCAGCCACAUCCCAGCAACUGGUACAGGCACACUGCUGAUAGAGCUGGAUGAUGUGAAUGACAAUGCCCCUGUCAUCCAUGAGAGAGAGAUAAUCAUGUGCAAUGAUAAGCCUGUGCCUGCCUUGCUCACCGUCACAGACCAAGAUGGACCUGGCUUCACCAACCCCUUUAGGGUGGUGCUCAACGACAGCCUCCGCACCCAGUGGCGCGCCGAGAUGAACAGCACUAAGACUGGAAUUCUGCUCUCCAUGAGAAGUCCUCAGAGGAAAGGUCUCUACGACAUCAUGCUGACGGUCUACGACAAUCAGGGCUUGGGUCAGGUGAACACACUCGAAGUCAAAGUGUGUGACUGCACAGGAAGUGACAUAUUCUGCAGUGACAUCCGAGUCGCAUCAUUUGGCCUGCCAGGGAUCAUGGGUAUUCUGGGUGGCAUCCUCUUCUUACUCCUGGUGUUGCUGCUGUUGAUGCUGCUGGUGAGGAGGAGGAGGGGAGGGAAGAAGGACAUUCUGGACGGAGCUCUGAAUGAUGACGUCAGAGACGAACUCUUGUACUACGACGAGGAGGGCGGUGGAGAAGAGGACAGGGAGUAUGACCUGAGCCAGCUCCACCGGGGUCUGGACAACAAACCUCAGGUCUACCGAGACGAUGUCGCCCCAACUCUCACUGCUGCCGCCCCUGUGUAUCGCCGGCCCACCAACCCUGAAGAUAUCGGCAACUUCAUCUUUGAGAACCUGGCAGCCGCAGACGGCGACGCAACAGCACCCCCCUUUGACUCGCUGCUGGUGUUUGACUACGAGGGAGCGGACUCCAUCUGCACCUCUCUCAGCAGCCUGCAGUCCGGCAGCUCGGACAGAGACCAGGACUACGAGCACCUGCAGCAGUGGGGCCCGCGCUUCAGGAAGCUCGCCGACAUGUACGGAGGGGGCGAGGAUGACGAGCUAUGAGCACGUCACUAAGCCUG